AUGCAUGCCAAUUCUAUCAGCAUGUCCAUCCGCACAGCAACGUCUCUCGGUCGGCUAAACUCCGCCGCACCCUCCCUCACCGGAGCCCUCCGCCCCAUCCAGCAGACCAUUCCCCAGACUGCAUCCAAGCAGCUCACACGCCUCAGCUCCACGACAGCUCGUCCACUUGGCUUCGUCACUCUCAACCCAGAUUCCCGCCCACAAGCCAAGGCCACUUGUCCCUCAACCACAGGCUUACGAUCACAGUCCACCGCUGCUCCUUCCAAUGGCGAAGUCAAGCUUGACUGGGACUCUUUCUUCAAGCUUCGCGCUUCUCGCCGCCGCUACUCCCUCGCUUCCUCAAUUGUCACUUCCCUCGCCAGUACCACUGCUGGAGUACAGGUUCUCUCCGGCCAGGACCUUGAGGCUCUGGGCGGCGCUGUGAUGGGCCUUGAUCCAUUCGUCGUCCUUGGCUUGGCGACUGCUGCGUGCGGUGCCGCUGGAUGGCUAGUCGGCCCUGUUGUUGGCAAUGGGGUUUGGGGACUGGUCUACAGAAAGUACAAGCCCUCUGUAAACACAAAAGAGAAGGAAUUCUUUGAUCGUAUCCGUCGUUUCCGAGUCGACCCAUCCACCAACUCGAUCGCCAACCCCGUCCCUGAUUACUAUGGCGAGAAGAUCGGUAGUGUGCAGGGUUAUCGGCAGUGGCUGAAGGAUCAGCGGGCUUACAACCGCAAGCGUCGCAACUUCAUCGCCUAA